AUGCCUCCCACGCAAACAGAAGUAUUGAGCGACCCAGCCUCCAAAGAAUACGUUUUGGGCGAGCGCGGCUCCCACAACAUCGCCAAGGGUUUGCCACAUCCUUACCCAGUUCCACAGUUCAAAACCAAGGAGGAUGAGAGAGCAUGGGCUAAACAGCACAUGGCUGCUGCUUUCAGAGUUUUUGCCAGAAAGGGAUUCACUGAAGGCACGGCCGGCCACAUUUCCUUGAGGGACCCUGUUGACCCCAACACGUUCUGGUUGAACCCUUUGGCCAAGCACUUUGCCUUGAUCAAGGCCUCUGACUUGGUCCACAUCGACGAGGAGGGCAAUGUUUUGCCCGACGGCCCUCAGCAUGCUGUGAACGCCGCUGGCUUUGCAAUUCACGCCGCUGUUCACAAGUACAGACCAGAUGUUCAUGCAGCGUGCCAUACUCACUCUGUGUACGGAAAGUCAUACAGUGCCUUGGGCAGGCCCUUGGACAUGAUCAACCAGGACGUGUGUAUGUUUUACAAGAGCCACGGUGUCUACACGGAUUUUGGCGGUGUGGCGCUCGAAGAGCAAGAAGGAAAAGACAUCGCAGACGCCUUGGGCGACGGAAAAGGCAUCAUUUUGCAGAACCACGGCCUCCUCACGGUGGGCCAGACAGUUGACGAAGCAGCCUACUUGUUCUGUCUCUUGGAGCGGAGCUGCCAGUGCCAGCUUUUGGCCGAAGCCGCCUUGAGACCAGGGGAGAAGUUGAAGAUCAUCGGCGACAAGGUCGCUGCGUACACGGAGCACAUGACAGCAGACCCAGAGACGCUCUACACAGAGUUCCAGCCGGACUUUGAAAUGGAGCUCAAGUACGACCGCGACUUCAUGGAUUGA